CUCGCCAACAGACGAUCUUUGGCGCUGGCUAAAGUUGCUACCGCUAACAGGGACCAGGGGAGACCGGGCAGCGCGUUCCUGGCUUCGGUAUGAUGCCCCGUGACAGCAACAUGACCUCCAUCGUGCAGAGAAUAGCUCGGCAGGCCCUCGUCACCUUCAGGAGCCCGCCCCGGGCCGGCGAGGAGCCCGGUAAGUCUUUCAUGGAGAACCAGAGUAAGCUGAAGAGCCUGAUGACGGAAGUGCGAGCCGCGGACCUGAAGCUGGUCCCGCGGAGAGCCGACGACGGCUCGCCCGGUGCGCCCCCUCCGUACCACCACGGCGCGCCCCCGGUCACCUACAUGCACAUCUGCGAGACGGACCACUUCAGCAUGGGGGUGUUUCUGCUGAAAAGCGGCGCGUCCAUCCCGCUGCACGACCACCCGGGGAUGCACGGCAUGCUCAAAGUCAUGUACGGCAAGGUCAGGAUCAGCUGCUUCGACAGGCUGGCCGGGAGCCCGCAGGUGAACCCCCAGCUCCCCCCGGCUCAGGUGGACGCUCUGCGGCGCUCCGUGCUCCGCUCCACCGGGGAGUACACGGAGGAGAGCGGCCCGUGCGUCCUCACCCCUGACCGGGACAACCUGCACCAGAUCGACGCCGUGGACGGCCCGACGGCGUUCAUGGACAUCCUGGCCCCGCCGUACGACCCGGACGACGGCAGGGACUGUCACUAUUACAAGGUCCUGACAGAAGCGGAGGUUAAAAACACAGAGAAGAAGAAGGAGGAGGAGGUCUGGCUCAUGGAGAUCUCACAGCCUCAGGAGUUCUGGUGCGGAGGGGAGCCGUACCCGGGCCCGGAGGUCUGCCUCUGAUCUGACUGACCUGCUGAAUGUCUCCCCUUUUUCUCGGGCUGGUCUGGCUUUUUGUGCACCCUGUAGAGGCACAAGGCCGGAGGCCUGUUGGACUUGAUUGGACAAACAUGGUCCUAAAUGAAGGGUCACUCUCUAAAUCAUUAAUCCAAACCUGAAGCCUUUGCAGACUUAGACACACAGUUAGAUAGCUUUUGCAGAACAGGUGACCCACCUGGGGAACAGCACAAAAAAAAUAUUAUUUGACCUCAUUGUAUUGUUUUAAAAUGAAAUUUGAAGACUCCAGUUUCCUUUUGACCCCCAGGCCACCAAACAACAUCCUGCUUGUAACAUGACCACUUCCUGUAUCUGGAUUAUUAAGGACGGAAAAGUCAUUUUUACUCUCUUUCACUCGUCAUCUUGCUUUAAAUGCUCUUCUGGAUUUCAAUAUUUUGGUGACACCAAAUAUCAAAUGUAUCCGCGUCCACUUUGUGAACUCGGAGGAGACGUUUGAGCCUGUUGAGUCGAGAAGCAACUAAACCUCAGACGUUAAUGUUGACGACUGACCGCUGUAACCAGGGAAAGAGCCUUGUGUGUCUCCUAAAAAGGCCUCCCUCCCCCCUUCACAUGCACUUCUUCUGGGUUUAUCUGCAGCAUUUUAGUUUUAAUUAAAGGUGGCGUUGUUUGGAAAACAAUUCAGGUGCAUAUUAUCACCCAUCAGCUGAAAGGCCAAAAUUGGAGUCACAGAAUUGAUGUGCGCUAAAAAUAAGGCCCUGUGAGGUAUUUCAGAUGGGGGGAUGCCCAAGAAAUGACAAAUUGAUGGUGUGCAGGGUGCUGAUGCUGCGUUCAAGAAAACUCAGGAAGGCUGGGUUAAAGUCGGCGCCUCAGGUUUCGACUCCAAAAGGGAAACUUUGGGGAAGAUUUUCAAAAUCUUCACCACCUAAAUUUCAGCUUUCAGUAUUGCAUGACCUUCAAUAUAAAGCAAGCACUUUGCUGCUGCUGCUGAAACGCUAACCAUAUGUGCAGUUAUACUAACAGUUGCAUGCAUUUUUCAACGCCAUAGCACUGAAUUGAAAUUUACAUAUGAAGGUUGUGAAUUCCUGACUUCCAACUGAGCCUUGAAUGCAGCAUUAAAGAGCCGAGUUGUCUCUCUGGACGUUUCCCCGAGGACCCUGAGGGACUGUGUCCAUGUGUUGUUGUUUUUUUUAAUCGCCUUCCUGCUUCAGGCUUUGUGACGUCUCGUUGCGGUCAGAUGAAUAAGAACUUCGGGUCUCUUUUGAGGCAUCUGAAACUGCAGGUAUUUUGUUUUCUCGCGUUGUGAUUGAUCCUCAGGGCUGUUUUUACCGCUGACUGAUUUAUUUUCAGGAGAUUGUAUUGAAGGAUGUGAGUUAAAUUUAGGCUUCAUCUCGGCACAAAUGUUGAUUAUCACUGUGUCAGAAAUGCAAUUAAUGAGACGUGAAAGGUGAACGUAAAGGUUUAUAGAGUUUAAAUUGCAAAGACUGAAGCUAAACAACCUGCUGAAUGAAUUAUAUAAUAUUCUGUUAUAAAUCUAAAUAGAUUAUGCUGAAACAUUUGGUGGCCUGAAACUAAAGCACUAAAGAUUUUGGAGAAUCGGAGCGUUUUGAAAUGUGAAAUGACGCAUUUCAGAUAACUUUUAUGUCAAACUGCGUCCUAAUUAGGAAAAGAAACUUCAAAAUGUCAAGUUUGUGAACAGUGAAUAAAGCCGAAGUGCUGCGUGUUGCAUCACUGGGAGUGAAACUCUACAGGUCUUCUGAUUGGCUCUUGAAAUCAGGCCUCAGUCCAGAAUCUGAUUCUCCAACUGCAGCCGAAGUUAAAUGAACAGUAACUGUAUUGAUGUCUUCUGCCUGUCAGUUCAUAUAAAACGUGCUGUUUAUUUUGCCUAAA